CGUGGCGCAUGGGUGCUUGCCGCGCUAGCUGAGUGCCGAGGGAGCUCUAUGGUUACCGGCGGGCCGGGUGGCGCGGGUUGGCGGGGCUGGCAGCGGCGGGGCGGUUGAGCUGCGGGCUGUAGCGGCAGGAGAGAGCGGGGCAGCCAUGGCCAAAGUGUGGCAGCAUCCAUAUCUGAAUGUCUUCAAGCACUUCAAAGUGGAGGAGUGGAAAAGAUCAACUAAGGAGGGAGAUGUGACAACAUUUAUGGACAAGACGUUGAAGGGAACAGUAUAUCGCAUCCGUGGCUCCAUUCCUGCCAGUAACUACAUCCAGCUUCCCAAAACCAGUACACAGUCAUUGGGGCUCACUGGUCAUUACCUCUACAUGCUCUUUAAGCCCAUGCCCGGCAAAUAUUUUGUGGUGCACCUGGAUGUUACCACGGAGGAUAGCCAGGUUGUCCGCAUCUCCUUCUCCAACCUUUUUAAGGAGUUCAAGUCCACAGCCACUUGGCUUCAGUUCCCCUUCAUCUGUGGAGCAGCCAAAGGGUCAGUGUAUGAGUGCACAGCCAGAACUUCAAAGCAAGAUUUGGUGGGUGUGGCCCCUGCCAAUGUGCGCUGGACCUGCCUGAUGCUUGACCUCCACUAUAUCCUCUCCAUGUACCUGAAUAGACGCUACAGCCAUCUGAAGAGCAUCAAACUGUGCUCCAACUUGUUGGUCAAAAAUGUCUAUACCAGUGACUUACUGUUUGAGCCAGGGGUGACCUUCUCUGAGGCCCGCCAAGCUAAGCUAGCAUUUCAUGGCAUUUCCCCCAUGCCACGAGAAAUGGCAUUUCCUGUGCCAAAGGGAGAGAACUGGCAUGACCGCUAUGACUAUAUCAGGUUUCCCUCUGAUGGAUCCAAGCUGCCAUAUGAUUCAAUUCAAAAAGGCUGUUCCAGUCCUGCAGCAGGUGUUCAAGUGCUAGAAGACCCAAUCCGUCAUCUUCCACGGCCAGUGACGCUUACCAAAGCUGUCCGGGACCGAGUGUCACUCAUCCAACAGAUAACCAGUCCUAAAGAUAUGCCUCGCUGGUCUCCCCUAGUUACAAAGAGCAUCCCCGAGGUUCACUUAGCAACCUCUGGGCCUCUGGAAGAAGUGUAUUCUGGGGAUCAGGAGUUCAGCAGGGCAGAAGGACUACAAGCUGCUGGGGAUUCCACUGUACCAUUACAUGCAACAACUGAUGGUGGUAUUCAUGUAUAUGCUCACAGAAUGGGUGAUGUCGCCAUCCAUGCUAUUGGCAUUAGCUCAGAUGAGACGGCGUACACAAAGAUUACUGGACCAGAGGUGCUCUCCAGCAAGAAAGCAUCUCCCUUCAGGAGACUCUUACCGGAUCCAAUCCUGAAGCUGAGGACAAUUAUUGGCUUUGGGGGUUACAGCACCAAAUGGGCUCUGUGGACUAAGAACAGCUCUGCAGUGGUUUACCCCUGUCAUGCUAUUAUAAUAACCAUGCAGAUUGAAACUGGAGAGCAAAGGUUCUUCAUUGGACAUACAGAUAAGGUAUCGGCAUUGGCAUUUAAUGGAAACAGCACAUUGCUGGCUUCUGCACAGAUGGGUCACCUGAGUAUGGUACGACUUUGGGAUUUUCAGAAGGGGAAAUGCCUAUCCAUGUUUAAAACCCACGUCCAUUCAGUCUCGUCCCUCAGCCUUUCCUACAGUGGAGCUGUUCUCUGUGGCAUUGGGAAAGAUGGACAUGGCAAAACAAUGGUGGUGGUGUGGAAUACUGCUCAGGUGAACCAGGGUGGAGAGGUGGUUGUGCUGGCCAAAGCUCACACAGAUGUGGACAUCCAAACCUUGAAGAUUGCUUUUUUUGAUGACACCAGGAUGGUGUCGUGUGGCAGAGAUAAUGUGAGGCUGUGGCGAGUGCGGAGUGGAGCGCUGCGCUCGUGCCCAGUGAAUUUGGGGGAGUAUCAUUCCUUGGAGUUCACCGACCUGGCCUUUGAGAAAGGGCAUUCCGCUGAGCGGGAACCUGAGGACCGGACACUCUUUGUUUGCAGCAAGAGUGGCCACAUCUUGGAAAUUGACUACAAGAACUUCACUAUCAGAAAUGCCCGGCGCCUCCUGCCUUCUCAGAUUCAGCACUCUCACCCGGAGAAGCAAACCUUCAACUCGGGUCCUGGGAUUGCUAUAAACAGUAUUAGCAUCUCCUCUACCUUCUGUGCCACAGCCUCAGAGGAUGGCUACGUGCGGCUGUGGCCGCUGGAUUUCUCGGCAGUCUUCUUGGAGGCUGAGCAUGAAGGUCCAGUGAGCUCUGUCAGCAUCAGUCCAGAUAAUCUCAAAGUUCUGUGCACCACCUCUACUGGGAACCUGGGUUACCUGGAUGUACAGUCCCGGGGCUACAAUACCCUCAUGCGCUCCCACACUGACUCUGUUCUGGCAUUCUCUGUGGAUGGGCUCCGGAAGCAGAUGGCUACAGUGUCCCAGGAUAACACCAUCCGGAUCUGGGACCUUGUGUCCAUGCAGCAGCUAUAUGACUUCACUGCCUCUGAUGAGAUACCAUGUACUGUGGCCUUUCAUCCUGCACAACAGAUAUUUGCAUGUGGGUUCAGCAGUGGAGUGGUGAGAACCUUCAGCCUGACUGCCUCUGAUCUACUCAUGGAACACAAGCAGCACCGUGGUGCAGUCACUGGUCUGACCUUCUCCCCAGAUGGCAAUUUGAUGUUCAGUUCCUGCUCCCAUGGGACCCUGGCUCUUUACAACUGUGCAGCCCAGAAGAGUCACGUCCUCAGAGUUCUGGGUAAUGUGGUGUCCCAAGAUGCUGAGCAUAGUCCCAACGCUUUGGCCCUUAGUGGGGAUGGACGUCUCCUCGCCUUUGUGGGCCCCUCUAAGUACACUGUGACCGUUAUGGAUGCCCAUUCUCUAGAUGAGCUACUGAGGAUAGACGUCAGCAUCCUGGACUUGGACAGCACCAGCUUGGACUCUGCUUUGAGAAUCUGCUUUGCUCCCAUGCCUGUUGGCCACCUCUUGGUGUCCACUUCCUCCAACAAGGUCCUUGUGCUUGAUGCUAAAACUGGGCGCUUGGUCCGAGAGGUGUCUCGUGUACACAAGCUAUCCUGUUCUUCAUUGACACUGAGUGAGGAUGCCAGGUACCUGCUGACGGCCGGUGACAGGGUUGUCAAAGUGUGGGACUAUCAGAUGAGGUUCGACAUCAAUUUUCAGGUAUAUAUUGGUCACUCGGAGCCAGUGCGACAGGUGGCCUUCACCCCUGACCAACAGCACGUCAUCAGCAUUGGAGAUGCCAUCUUCCUUUGGGACUUCUUAGCUGUGUCUAGAGUGGAGUCACCCAAGGCCGAUGUUCAUCCCUAUGUUGAGUCCCUUAUGCCUCCCAGAGCUGAAACUAGCUCUGAGAAGCUAAAGGAUUUUACAUCCAGUGCUAAUGAGAUACCCCGCCAGUCAGCUCCUCUUCCAUCUCUGGCCUCACCACCACAUCUGGACAUCAGCUCUAUCCACCAACCAGGACAUGAUGAUAUUUUCUCUGAGUCAGAUGAAGGGGAGGAAGCAGGUCUGAAAGGCAGCAGCAGAGGGGCUGCAGAUGGAAACAAAGACCACUCGGCCCUUGUCAUGGAGGAACCAGUCGAGAAUGAGGAGACUCAUGUUGUGAGGCCCAAAGUGAGUCAGGAGUGUUCGAGGUCUCCCAGUCACUCUGGAAAUGAACCUAGAAAGGAGACCAAGGGUCCUGAACCCCAGUACUAUAUCCGCCCAGAUUCCUACAGGCACUUUACUCCUCGCUUCAAAGCAUCUGCACUCCCCAAGAGUGUCUUGUAUCCUCCAGCUGGUAACGAGGGCCUGAAAUUAAAGGCAGUCAUUGGCUACAAUGGGAAUGGAAGGGGGAAUAUGGUCUGGAACCCAGACACAGGUUUUUUUGCCUAUACCUGUGGCUGUGUGAUUGUGGUUGAAGACCUGCACUCGGGAUCGCAGCAACAUUGGCUUGGCCACCCUGAAGAGAUCUCUACUUUAGCAGUCAGCCAUGAUGCCCAGGUUCUCGCCUCUGCCUCUGGCCAUGGGAAUGGAGACUCACGCUGUCAGAUCCGCAUCUGGAACAUACAGGAUGGGACUUGCCAAAAAGUUAUUUUCCAUCAUGAGACCCAAGUACAGGCCAUGGCAUACUCUCGUGAUGAUAGACUCCUUGUUACACUAGGGGACUACAGUGACCGGACCCUCGCCCUGUGGAACACCCAUACUUAUGACCUAAUGUCGUCCACCCAUAUCUUAGAACCAGUCCACGAAGUGGCCUUUAACCCUCUUUCUGCUGGUGAACUAGCCUGUGUAGGCAGAGGAGCAGUGACUUUCUGGCUAAUUAAGCAGCAGGGAGCUGACAUCAGCCUCAAGGUUCAUAGAGCUGCCAUCCCUGAUAUGGUAGGACGGGUGGAACUGACAUCUCUCUGCUACAGCACCAACUACCUCCUUUAUAGUGGGACCAACACAGGACAGAUCUGCGUGUGGGACACACAGACCAACCGCUGUUUCAUGACUUGGGAGGCUGAUGAGGGUGAGAUUGGUGUGCUUCUGUGUUGUGGCAACAGGCUGGUCAGUGGCAGCAACACCAAGAGAAUUCGACUGUGGUCAGUGGCAGCGGUGCAGGAGCUGAGGCUGAAAGGUUCUGAUGCCAGGUCUAGCUCAGUCCUUUUGGAACACGAGAUGACCCUGGAUGGGACAAUAGUUGGUGCAACCUUUGAUGACUCUCUGGAUAUGGGAAUCGUGGGCACCACUGCAGGAACACUGUGGUACAUAAAUUGGGCAGAGAGCACCAGCAUCCGACUAAUCAGCGGACAUAAGAACAAGGUGAAUGAAGUGACCUUCAGCCCUGGUGAGUCUCACUGUGCCACGUGUGGGGAGGACGGCAGUGUGAGGGUUUGGGCUCUGGCCAGCAUGGAGCUGGUGGUACAGUUUCAAGUGCUGAAUCAGAGCUGCCAGUGUCUGGCCUGGAGCCCUAUCCCCAUCUCCCACGGUGGGGCUGAGGGUCAGCAUGUUGUGGCAGGGUACAGCGAUGGCACCAUCCGGGUGUUCAGCAUUUCAAGGACAGAGAUGGAACUGAAAAUGCACCCACACUCCGUUGCGCUGACUGCAAUUGCCUACUCUGCAGAUGGAGAAAUCAUCUUGUCUGGAGGCAAGGAUGGGCUAAUGGCUGUCAGUAGCCCUCGGACUGGAAUGACCAUCCGUGUGCUCAUUGACCAUAAAGGAUCCCCCAUCACUGUCAUCCAGUGCACAAGGAAACGGUACCAAGACUUUGGCGUUGAAGGUGGUGAACUCUGGUUGGCUGCAAGUUCAGAUCGACGUGUCAGUGUCUGGGUCUCUGCCUGGCAGAAGGAUAAAUGUGAGCUCAUCGAUUGGCUAAGCUUCCCAGCUCCUGCAAGCCCGGAGGCCCCUAGCAGUCUCCCUCCUAGCCUGGCGGCUUUCUGUCCUUGGGACAAUGGUACUUUGGUGUACGUAGGCUUUGGGAUGCAGAAGGAGAUCCUCUUUUACAGCUUGCGCCAGAAACAGGUAGUCGAGAAGAUCCCCUUGUCUCACUUUGCCACGUCGCUGAGCCUGUCUCCAGCAGCGCACUUCCUGGCUGUGGGCUUCAAUGAGCGUGUACUGAGGCUGAUUGACUGCACGACGAGAACAGAGCAAGACUUCGUGGGGCACGAUGACUCCGUUCACCUCUGCAGAUUCACUCCUUCGGGUAAACGCCUCUUCACGGCUUCCUACAAUGAAAUCCUGGUGUGGGAGAUAACGAGCACAUGAACUGAGCCAGCUUGGCUCCUACCAGAGUUGAGAGAGGUUUUCUAAACAACUGUUUUACUCCGGCAUGAAUCGAGGAAGAUAAUGUGAGAAGAGAAAUGUUUCCAUCUGUCUCGGGCUAUUAGCAACUGAAUAAAUCUGAACCAGACCCUUGCAAUCCUCAAUCACUGCUGGGUAGUAAUCCCCUUUCAGAGUCUCUACCAGCCAUUGUGUUCCAGUUCACAAGGCACAGCACCCAAACUAACCAGAAAUUGGGGUUGGCUGGUAUUUAAUCAUAAAUCUAAUUCUGCUUUAACACGCAACCUGACUUACAGGAUGUGAAAUGAAUUUGGGGUCUUAGUGGACAGUAUCCGAAUCAGAAAGGGCACUCUCACAGUUGGUACCUUCUUAGCAGUCUAAGCAGAGGCUGAGAAUUGAAUGGGGCAAGAAGACUGGAUUCCUCUCUCCCCCACUAGGAGUGGUCCACCAGGUCAGGACUAAGGAACACUGCAGUGUCAGGGAAGGGAAGUUUUUUCUGCCACUGUCUGUGCUGUGUUCUGUGGUUAAAUGGAGGACAAUCUCCAGGGCUGUCAAGCCAGCGUCUUUCACUCACACUAACAUUCUUUGCAAAAGAAAACAUCCCACAUGCUUGCCAAAGACAUGGCUGUACCUUGACCUGUUUCUGUUUUCAUGCCCCUUCAGGGUUUUCAUUCCUAGGCUCUGUGGGCGGGAGUCUGGCGUGCCCCACCUGAUGCAGACACAUGGCAUUUUUAUUUGUAAAUUAUCAGGACCCAAUGGCUCCGAGUGUCAUUUUGUAUGUAACAUAGCAUCGAUUUUUAUUGGGAAGAGUUUUUGUAUUGGUUUUUAUAAGCUGUAUAGUUCUUAAAUAAAAGUGUUGGGUUGAUUUUC